AUGGACAUCCUGCACUAUUCAACAGCCGAACCCAAGCACCGAGAAGAGAUUCGUGAAUUUCUCAUGAACCAUUUUUUAGUGGAAGAAACUAUGAAUGCGGCUACUAGUAUUACAGAAGAGGAAUUUGCUCCGUUCGCCGACUCUACAUUGGCUAGUUCAUUACGGACUCCGUACUCCGCGAUAUGCCGAGGUGGAAACGGCAAGAUCGUUGGUGUCGCCUUACACUCAGUACAUCGACGUGACGAACCUGUUAAUCCUGAACCAUUGGGAGGCAAACCCAAGCGUCCGGAAAUAAAUGCCAUUGCUUCGAUAUGUAACGAUUGCCAUGGUAGCAUAUGGAAAUUACUUGAUCCAGAAAUAAACACUAUACUCGAACUGGAUAUUAUCAGUGUUGCAGAAAAAUAUCAACGGCGAGGUAUUGCGCGAAAAAUGCUUGAGAAAUCUCAAUCACCGCAGAUGCUUCAGGAGAACAACAUCCAAGGAAUUGUCACCCAAGCAACAUCACUUGCCAAUCAAACAUUGCUACAAAAGCUAGGGCAUAAGGUUCUUAUGGAUGUGCCUUUCACACAUUAUGUUGAUGAAAGAGGUACACAGCUCAUCAGACCUCUUGACGGGACGCAAUUUGUGAAACUCUUUUGGAAACCUAAUCAGUUUUCUUAA